UCUUUGUGGGGAUUAAACAAGCUCAGAUGUAAAAGCUGGAUUGAGUAAUUAAAGGAGAUGUCAAAUCCUUACCUAGUUUUAACACACAUGGCGUGACCCCCGUUCCAAGGAAAUGCUUUCUGGCACAGUAUACGCUCUUAUUUGAGAUGUAGAUUAUUUGUGCAAUACAAUCUCUAAUCAAUAAAUGGUAGUGAGGUGGUUUGUCUUGUAUUGCCAUUGGUCCAUUUCACAACAAUAUGGGGUAUUUUCCACAUAAUAAGCACAUAAUUAGUUUUUCUGCUUCCUUCAAGGUUCUUGCUGUGACAAGCAGGAGAGGAUCCACAUUUAGUUAGUGAAAGAAUGGGAAGGAAAAGAGCAUCCUUGGCUUCACAGCUUUUUGCAGAGCUCAUGUCUGACCAAAGGGGGGCAGCAGAAGCUUUAGUAACUGCAGGUGUUGAAUUUUAACUCAUGGACUGUUAUUGUUUUGAUUUUUCUGUCAGUGUGCUGCUCCAUUCCUGAGGCCAAGCUGAAAUAUGAACUAACACUUCAAUUUAAUAACUUUAAGCAUCAACACACACACACACACACACACACACACACAUAUAUAUAUAUAUGUAUAGUUACCUCAUUCCUAGAAGUAAAUUGAUAAGUCAUUACAGAUUUGGCAUUUUGAUUCUGAUGAUUUUUUUUUUUCCUUAAAAUAAUAGAGUGCUUUACUGGUAUCCUAUGAGAAAUGGGAGUUUUGCAGCAAAAAAUAAAUAUGAACAAAAUACAAAAAGGAUUUUGAAUAAGAUUUAUGAAAAACUAAAUACCGCGGUGCAAAAUAACAAGACCCAUUCUAUUUGUAAGGUUUAUUGACAUGAUACUUCAAAUGUGUAUUUUUUUAAUCCCUUUAGCUUAUGUACAAUCUCUUAAUAUAUUUAAUACAUUAAAAGUAGUCGUAAUAGUUGCAAAUUAAUUAUCAACUGACUUAUGAAUUAAGUAAUUUUGUCAGCUAUAUGGGAUUCACUAAGAAAACGGAUAUGUACUUUAGGAUUAAAUUAUUGUAAUUUAAUCAUCCUGAGUACUUUAGGUAUUUUGAGCACAUUUUGAUUGCAAUACCUCUCCACUUUUACUGAAGUAACAAUGAAUACACAACUGUUACUUUUAACUGAGUUUUCCCAUGGUGAGGUACAGCUUUAUGUUGGGAAAUUUGUAUUCACCACCACACAUAUUACUUUAUUUUAAGUUAAAAAAAUCCUGAAGUGUAAACAGAGAAAUAAUAUUGUACUUAAGUAUUUACGUACAGGCUGAAACUUAGUUUCUUCAUGCACUGGUCAAUUUUGACAUUUUUGGGUAUUCUGCUUCCAUAAUAUGCCUUCUUUCAGGCUCGUGAAAAGAAAAAUGCACAUUUAUGAGGCUUUUUAAAAAAAACAACAAUAUUUUGUCUAUUUAAAAUUUAAAUUAGCACGUUUAAUAGAUAAGACCUGAUAUCCAUAUUUCGGAAAACUAUGUCUAAAUAAAAAUAAUCAGCUGAGGAAAUUUUAUAGUCAUAUCUUUUAUUUUUAAUUUUCUUCCGUUAAUAGUAGUUUCCAAUAAAUAUAUAUGGAAUUUUACAAUGACUUUCAAAGUUGUUUUCUGAAAAUAAAUUGUUUUAUCCCCCUCGACUUAUACUGAAAGCCAAAAAAAAAUCCCCUUCAGUAGUAUUUACAUGCACCAAACGAUUAGUUGUAUUCCUAUUUAUAUUCUGAAGGAUUUUACUGAAGGAGUGGUUGAUUUAUAAUUCAUAACCUAAUUUAUUAAACAUUUUAUUCAUUUUUUUCUGGCCCUUGACGGCGUUUUCUGAUUUGUGAACUGAUUUUAAAAAAAGAUUUCCAAAAAUCUAUGUUAUUAAGUCAACAAAAUGAAAUAACAAGCUGUCUUUUUCUCCAAAGUCCAGAUUUCUGUUUUGGAAAUGCAAAUUAGAAGGUUUUGACACAUAUUUAUGAAAACUUGUAAUGCUAAAAUCAUUGCAUUUAUUAAUGUGGAAGUUACUUUCAACUAUAGAGUGAGUAAACAAACUUGGUUAAUUCAUGCCUUUAAAGAAGUUGUUUUUUAAAACUUCUCAGCUUAUACCGCAUACUGUGUAGUUUUCUAUACAAAGUAGAAAAAAUAUAAAAGAGGGUUAUUCUGUGUCAGCCGGGGUAACGACAUCAUAGUCUGAAACAGCCACCAGGAGUCAGACACAAACGGCAGCUCCGGAGCAAGAAUUUGCCAUUAAGGUAAGUUUAAGACCCAACAGAAAGUCACACACAAUGAGCUAAAUGACGGCCUAUUUAGAGUUGUUUCUCUAUAAAGCAAACUACUUUUUAUUUACAGUGUGUAAUGUUAAUGCGUUUGUAAAUACGCGUUUUAAUAUGGCGACAACCCGGAUCCGAACGUUAGCUUGUGCCAACGUCUUUGCUCCGUGCUAGCUGACGUUAGCCUAACAAAAGUUUACAAGCUAGCUGUGCUUAUUACGACUUCCAUUUUUGAGUUAAAGUGAUCAAAUUUACCACUACCAGUGAUGUUUAAGCAAACUUGUUCCAAAAAAUAUUUAUGCAAUGUUCCCAGGCUCAAAUUUAAAAGCUCUAACACCACAGUUAAAUAAUUUCAAUAUGUGCACUGUAAGACAGUAUUUUCCUGAUCUCAUCCUGUCCUCCCACAGGAAAUAUGUCCUUUUCUACAGCUUCUAAAACCAUCCAUGUGCCAUCCUCAUCCAGAGAGCAGACCUGUGACUCUGUUGGGCUGAUUUUGAGCCAAGGUGGGUGUUUGACCUACGAUCAGGGGCAGAUGUUGGGUUCAGAGCUUGGUCUGAUGGAGAUGUCAGAGGUUGAAUAUUCACACCUUCAGCACCUCAUCCAAGCAGACAUGGAGGCCCAGGCCAGGCGUCCACAUUGUCCAGACGCCAGAUCCUACCCAGCUGCUGUCGUGGUUAAAGACGUCCCUGAAUCCGCAGUGAUUUGUCCAUUCACUGCCACUCAAGCUAUUGACCUGUCUACUUCCAGUGAUGACCACUGUCUGGUGAUGCCAGGACAAAGGACACCAGCCUCUUAUGGAGAUGUCCCUGGUUUUGUGCUCGCCAAAAUCAGAGGUGAAGAAAGCACGAGUGAAGUACUUGCCAACAGCAGUAAAACUUCACAGAAGAGAAGUGGAUCAGCUGCCAGAGUUUGCUUGGAGAAAAGAUUUAACACAGUGUCUGCUGACACCCCAAGGCAGCAAGAUAUUCAGUCUGCAGUUCUUAGCAAUUUUUUGACAGUACUUAAGCAGACAGCAGGGGCAGUCAUACAUCCCCAAAAGCAGAAGUGGAUGAAAACCGUCAAAGCAGAUUGUUUUAAGGUUUCUACCUCAUAUGCAGGCAGUGAUUUUGAGCCUGUCACCAACAUAUGUGGGCAGGUAAUUGCCCACAUGGUGGAACCUAAUAAACAUCAGGGUGUAAUCAUUCCAAAGACACUUGUGUUGAAUUUUCAGCCAGACAGGGUUGUUGCAACAGCUCAGUAUACCAGCAGCAGCAACCCAGCAGAAGAGCAGAAGAUGACGAAGACUGAAAAGGAUAAUGCGACACUUGCUGCUUUUAGGAGUCUUUGUAGCACACAAAGCUUUCAACCAAAGGCUGCUAGAGCUGCCACAUGCUCAUCUGGAGAUCCACGGGGCGGCGCCAGGAAAAGAACUUUCCCUCGUCUGUCCCCCGGUGAGCGCCGAGGGAGACACAACAUUAAGGAGAGGGAACGCAGGAAGAAGAUUCGUUUGUGCUGCGAUGAGCUGAACAUGAUGGUGCCGUUCUGUGGCUCAGAAACAGACAAAGCCACCACGCUGCAGUGGACCACGGCCUUCUUGAGAUACAUCAAUAAGAUGUAUGGCGACACCUUCAAAGAGGAGUUUGAGAAGGUCUUCACUUGUGAGACAGGAGUCCUUCUUAAAUCCAUAUCUCCUUCAGGUCAGGACCCAAUCCAGCAGGACAUGGAGAAGACACUUUCCGUUGCAGCAGAGCAAUGACACCCUCAUUGUUUUAUCCAGUCCGUCAGCCACAAACAUGAGUACAAUCUAAUUUAACAUUUAUAGUAGCUUUGCUUUUCAGUGUUGCUACGUUGAUUGUUGUUAUAUUUUAAACGACCAAACAUGUCCUUUUGAAUGUAUUGCAGUGUUUUAGGAUGCAAUGCUGUGAUGUGGUCGGUUUGCUUCAGUUGCGUCUCAAGACCACAUUGCAUUUGGAUUGCCACAACCUUCUUCUACUAGAUAUACAAACCUCCUGUAAAAACAUGUAUUAAAGAAGAGGGACUUUUGACACACAGGUGGCACUGUUUCCCUUUGAAAAACAGAUGAGAUAGUGCUCUAAUUGGCAGACUCCUGCUCUUUACCUCUUCCAUUUUAAUAAUAUUUGCAUCUUUUAUAAGCUUGGUUCAAAUUUGCACUUUGAUUAAAUGUUUUUAUUAGUUGUUUGGUUAAACUUUUUUAAAAUGUUCCCCAGCUUGUGGCCUACUAACUUCUGUUUUCUAUUUAUAUAUUUAUGCAU